AUGAAAACCAGCCCCCGGCGGCCACUGAUUCUCAAAAGACGGAGGCUGCCCCUUCCUGUCCAGAAUGCCCCAGCAGAGGCAACAAAGGAGGAGCCCAAGGGGCCCCCUGCCCCACAGGACCCCCCUCCUGCAGGAGCCCCGGCCUCCGCGGGGUCAACGGAGUCCAGCUCCUGCAAGUUCCCAGCGGGAAUUAAGAUCAUCAACCACCCCACCAUGCCCAACACGCAAGUGGUGGCCAUCCCCAGCAACGCCGACGUGCAGAGCAUCAUCACCGCUCUGACGGCCAAGGGAAAGGAGAGCGGCAGCAGCGGGCCCAACAAAUUCAUCCUCAUCAGCUGCGGGCGGGCGCCCCAGCCUCAGGCCCGAGCCCAGGGUGACCCCAAGAGGACAGACGGCGGGCCCCAGACGGCCGACCCGAAGCCUGCUGCCAGGAAUGUAAACGCAAGCCAGUCGCCCACAGCUGCUCCGAGGCUGGGGGCUGAGAGCUGUGCUGGUGGUGAGGCGGCGGGCUGCGUUCUGGACAGCAGCCUGACCAACAUCCAGUGGCUUGGGAAAAUGAGCUCGGACGGGCUGGGCCCCUGUGACGUGAAGCAAGAGGCGGAGGACAAGGAGAACUUCCCCCUGGAGCAGAAUCACAUCAAGGUGGAGGAGCCAUCCGGAGCGCCGGCAUCCUGGCAGGACUCUGUGUCUGAACGGCCACCCUACUCCUACAUGGCUAUGAUCCAAUUUGCCAUCAACAGCACGGAGCGGAAGCGCAUGACCUUGAAGGACAUCUACACUUGGAUCGAGGACCACUUCCCCUACUUCAAGCACAUUGCCAAGCCGGGCUGGAAGAAUUCUAUCCGGCACAACCUCUCCCUCCACGACAUGUUUGUCCGGGAGACGUCGGGCAAUGGCAAGGUCUCUUUCUGGACCAUUCACCCCAGUGCCAACCGCUACCUGACGCUGGACCAGGUGUUCAAGCCAGUGGACGCAGGAUCUCCACAGUCACCGCAGGCCCUGGAGUCACAGCAGAAGCGGCCCACCCCGGAGCUCCGCCGCAACAUCGUCAUCAACGCCGAACUCCCGCUGGGCGCACGGCGGAAGAUGAAGCCGCUGCUGCCGCGCGUCAGCUCCUACCUGGUGCCCAUCCAGUUCCCCGCGAGCCAGCCGCUGGUGCUGCAGCCCUCGGCCAAGGUGCCCCUGCCCCUGGCCACCUCGCUCGUGGGCUCGGAGCUGGCUCAGCACGGCAAGCGCGUGCGCAUCGCCCCCAAGGGUCUGCUGACCGACGAAGGCGUCGCCCCUCUGCCCACGGCCGGCCCCGUGAAGGAGGAGCCCCUGCUCGGGGAGGGAUCGCUGCUGCCCUUGCUGCCCGUCCGGUCCAUCAAGGAGGAGGAGAGCCAGCCCGAGGACGACGUGGCCCUCCCCACGAGACCCAUCAAGGUGGAGAGCCCCCCGCUGGAGGCGUGCCCCUCCCCGUGCCCGUCCCCCCGCGAGGACUCGUCCUGCUCCCCCACGCCGCGCCGCCGGAAGCCGUGCGGCGGCCUCUGCUCCCCGGCCCGCUGCGUGUCCGAGAUGCUGCUCCUGCAGCGCCGGGAGCGCAGGGAGAUGAGCCGCUCGCGCAGGAAGCAGCACCUGCGCCCGCCGCGCCUCGACGAGCCCGAGCUGCUCUUCGACGCCCCGCUCCUGCCCGACGCCUCCGAGCCCGAGGAGGCCGGGCCCUUCAAGACGCCCGUCAAGGACACGCUGCCCGCCUCCUCCACCCCCAGCAAGUCCGUCCUGCCCAGAACCCCCGAGUCCUGGAGGCUCACCCCCCCGGCCAAAGUGGGGCCCCUAGACUUCAGCCCGGUGCGCGCGCCGCCUGGGGCCUUCACGCUGCCCGAGCCGCUCGCGCUGCCCGGGCUCAGCACCACGCCGCUCAAGAACGUACCCCUCUUCGACUCCCCCCGGGAGCUGCUCAACGCCGAGCCCUUCCACCUCGGCUCCGACCCCUUCGGCAGCUCCUGCCCCUCCGACCUCGAGGCCCCCAAGCCGGGCUCCCCGGACCCGCAGGGCCCCGGCCCGUCGGCCAACCGGUCCCUCACGGAAGGCCUGGUCCUGGACACCAUGAACGACAGCCUGAGCAAGAUCCUGCUGGACAUCAGCUUCCCCGGCCUGGAGGACGACCCGCUGGGCCCCGACAGCAACUGGUCUCAGUUCAUCCCCGAGCUGCGGUAGAGGCUGGGCCUCCGCCGCCGGGCCUCCGGCCUGGGCGC